CUCAUAGGAGUCGAGCUGAUCUGUCGUUUUAAUCCUGCUUAUUAACUUUGCAUGCAAUGAUGUGGAAACUUUAUUGCAUAAUUUCAUUGUUUAUAGAAGUUGCGUUUUGUAAUACCGUUCCCAGCAAUGGCCUAGCUCCAUUGAUCCCGUUAAAUGAUGGGAACACCAUCCCAUCGUUUGGUCUCGGUACAUGGCUCGGUUUUAAAGACAAGGGUCUUCCAGUGCAGACAUCCAGUGAGUCAGUAGUGAAAGCAGUUGAGGCGGCGAUUGAUGCUGGCUACAGACACAUUGACACCGCUCGAAUAUAUGACACAGAGGCCGAGGUCGGAAAAGCGGUUAACAAGAAGAUACAAGAUGGCGUCGUCAAGAGAGAGGAUCUGUUCAUAACUACUAAGCUUUGGAAUGACAAACACGCCCGUGAAGACGUAGUGCCGGCGCUCCGGGAGUCUCUCGCCCGACUGAACUUGGACUACGUCGACCUCUACCUCAUCCAUUGGCCAUUUGCAACUUAUCCAAAUAACACAAUCGAUGACAACAUAGACUUUAUCGAGACCUGGCAGGGCAUGGUAGAAGCCAAGCGGCUAGGUCUGACGAAAUCCAUCGGGAUCUGCAACUUCAAUAUAAACCAGCUGGAGAGGCUGAUGAAAAGUAGUGACGUCGUCCCAGCUGUAUUGCAAAUUGAGGUUAACCUAAAUCUCCAACAAGACCAGCUACGGCAGUACUGCCGCGAUCACAACAUCACAGUGAUGGGAUACACGCCCUUUGGCAUGUUGUUCCCUAACAAAGCUACCCCCAACGCACCGCCACCACGCGUCGACGACCCUCAGCUGGUGGCCGUAGCGAAGAAAUAUGGAAAGACGGUGCCUCAGAUCGUUUUAAGAUAUUUGUUCGAGCUCGGCGUUGUGCCGAUACCGAAGUCGGUAAACGUGGACCGAGUAAAAGAGAACAUUGGCAUCUUUGACUUCGAACUAAAAAAAGAAGAUAGAGACCUUCUCAAGAGCUACAACAAGAACUUCAGAACUAUUGAUCUAAGUGGACCUUGGGGAAUGUCAAAGAACUAUCCCUUUGAGAUUAAUGAGUAGUUUUGAAGUAAUAAAGGUACAACUAAUGAUUUAAAAAAUAAUAAUAAUAA